AUGGGGUAUUGGAAAUUAAUCUUUAAUUUCCGGAGACUCCAAAAUCGCCCGAAGGACAGCGAAUGCGGGAGUCUUAAUUGCCAUGAAUUGAUGAGCUCUGCAUAGAUAUUACACAAUGAACAGAAAAUAAGAACAUUAAAAACUUUAAACCCAGUUGAGAAAGAAACUACAGCAAAGAAGAGAGGGACAAAAGAGAAGCCAUAAAGACGAAAGAAAAGGUGCUGGUCAGGAACCUGGCGUUGCUUCGAUACUGGGGCCGUCGCCAAGGUAACGGAACACUGCAGGGCCUGCUCUUGUCGGUGGCUGGACUUGGAGACGAGAGUCGAGUUAUAGCCGGAAAUCGCAGUUUGUGUGUGUGAAGCAAUGGGGUUCCAGGCUGGUGGGAUUAAACUCCUUAAAACAGACGUCGGUUACCAAGCCAACGGAUAAAUCCCGGCCUUAUAUAUAUUAUAAUCACAGAACAAUUCUCUUCAACACUCAGGAUAACCUUACCGGCCAGUGAAACUUUGAAGCGUGUUCUCCUUGCAAUGGUCGAUGCAGCCGAUUCGUACACACGCAACAGAUUUGCAUUGGGUGGUGGAAGGGGAUGAAUUCGAGUGUGAUAGACUGUGGAAGACUUAAGAUGUGAAGUUCCAGCGUGUUAUAUUGCACUACUGUGAAGCACCUGGAGACGUGUUACUAUUACAGGUGCUUAAGUCGGUAUUUUAAAAUUGUAAUGCUUUAAAGUACAUAGCAUCAGAUGAAAAUUAUCGCUAGGACACGACUUUGGAAAUAAGCGGUUCAAGACGUUCCCACCAGGGUAAAGGAAGAUUAUUAAAACUUCGGGUGGCAGUGAUGCCCAUCGCCCAAUGAUCUUUUUAAAAGUUUCAGUAUAUGCUCUGUACUAAACUUCAGUACAUACGAUUUGUUUCAUCUCCGGUUUGAAAUCUUAACUCAUGGCAUCUUAUAAAACUGAGGAAACCUGGGAUGACUUGCAAGAAAGUUUUAAUCGCAUCAGAAUGCAACUUAACCUUGUUCCCCAGCCAGGAUGGGAGAAUCCUGUGGCUAGUGAUGUUCAUCAACAUGCCUUUUCAACGAGUCAGCAUGACGGACAGAAGGUGCACUCCCCAUCCAACCUGCCCAGAUUGUUGGUUACAUCUGAUGCAAUUCCCAACAGACCUAUUAUUGAUCUACGACGGGGUCAUUGGGAGGUGGUUCCUCCAUUGUACAAUGUCAGUUUGAAGAGAGAAGAAGCGGCAAGUAAAACAAUGCAGCCAAUCAGUCCUCUAAAAUUCUCCUAUAGCCCUCACGUAACUAUGACCGGCCUCACAGAUCGUCCUCUGCUGAAUGCAUCUUUGAAGAGACAAGGAGAUGAUAAAAUGUCAGCAAGAACUUGGAGUCCUAGCACAGGAUUUAAGUGGGAAUCUGCAGCCUAUCAUUUCUUCAAGGAAAACCAGCUGUUUGCCAGAAACUUUGUGGAUACAAUCAUCUUGGAGGUGAUUCAAGAUGAAUUAGUACCUGAUAUCUUAACGGAAGUGCUAUUGAAUGAUGACACUGAGUAUCAACCAGUAUAUGCACCAAGUAUGAAGAAAUUCCUCAUUCGGAAUGAACUGCGACAAACAGCCCAAUUGAUUGCAUUUAAGCAACGACCGGCAGUGUUAAUAUUGGAAACACUCUUGGAAGAAGAAGUCAGUGACCUCACAAGAGCAUUGAUCAGAACUGUUUUAGAAGAGUUUGUUAACAUUCACCUGACUACUGCCAUCAUCGGUGAAUCUCUGACAGAACUCAUCAUGGAGACCAUUGAGCCAAUGGUGCUACAACUUGUGAAAGAAACAGUAAAUGAGAUGAUACUGGAGGAGAUCCUGUGGGAAGAUAUUGUUCCAGAUGUGUUAGAUGAAGAAAUGAGGAAUGUUGCGCUGCUACAACUAUGUGAACAUGUCACCAAAGUGUAUGAAGAGCAGUUAGAGGAGGUCAGAAUAUAUGCCGGCAAAAGACUGAUUGACAUGUUUCUUCUGGAGAUUCUGCUGAAGACUUUGGCAAAUAAAGGGAGAGCAUCCUCUGAAAAGGUUGAGUUGGACAGGCUGUUAGAUAGUUCAAUGCUUGACAUCCUUUUGGGCCAGUACCUCAACAUCAGCCAAUACAAUUGUGUGGCCAUUGACAAUGUGGCACUGCGGGAUUACCAUUUGAAGGCUUUUACAGAUGUGGCACUGGAUGUGAUUCUGACAGAAAUGGGUGAACAUAUGGAUGAGGACAUGGCUGAUCUUUUCCAGUAUGAAAGACAAAUGGAAGAAGCAGACUUUAUUGUAGAGUAAUGAAAUUGGUGCCUUGUGCUGAUGAUAUUGUAUUCAUUCUAAUUGUGGUUGCUUAUAUUCCAAUUUGCUGUACCAAAAGAAGAGAAACAUGUUUACCGUUGUAACAUGUAACCUAAACAUCUUAAGGAUCUUUGUAAAUUCUAUUUCUUAUUUUGAAAUGACAGUCUUACACAUGAACAGUAGCUAUUAAGUUGGCCAGGGCACAGGAACACCGUCCUGCUCUUUGAACACUUUUGUUCGACUUGAAGUCCCGACAUAAAAGAUUCCCAAUAAAAUAAUAAUCAUUCCUUAAAUGGACAUUCAUCUUCACUUAUGGAAGAGUCAUUUAACAAAGGAUUUUCUCACUUAAGAAGUUUCUUGGGAAAUUGUCUUGCACUGAAGGCUUUCACAAUGAGGUAUUCACAAGGAUAUAAAUUUUUCUAGCACCAUUCCUUCUCCACAGGAAGACAAUUUCCAUUCCACCACAGUUAUAGAUUUUCAAAAUGGCUGUCCUCGUCGUCACGUUCAGUAACUGUGUAUUCUAUUUUGAGAAAUUUGAUGCACAGUUUAAUUGAUAUUGUUAAAUAAAUUAAUCAUGUUUCAAAUGUUUUUAAAUAGAAUAAGCAAUAACUGAUGCUCCAAUUUAAUGCAAGUCUGAAGUUUAAUUGGUUCAGAAAGUUUAUUUAUUCAACGGCAGAUUCCUGGAAAUGAGCAACUAUGAAGGAAGACAUAACACAAACUUUUUUUAACGGUGUGUGGGAGGAAAUUGUGAUGAAGUUUCUGAAUUUGGGGGGGUGGGGGGUAAUGGCCAAUAACAAGGUGCCUAUCACUAAGUUUAAAACAUAAUUGCUGCAGGUGAAUUUGGGAGUUAAGAAAAUAUAGUCAUCUUGACCCAAACUACCCUAUCUGUCACUUUAGGUAAUGCUUUUGGUUCAGUGCUGACACUGAGUGAGCUAGAAGUAUCAUUCAGUCUGCCAGAGAAAGUAGGAUCUCCCAGUGGCCACACAUUUUAAUUCUACGUCCCAUUCCCAUUCUGAUAUGUCUAUCCAUGGCCUCCUCUACUGUCAAGAUGAAGCCACACUCAGGUUGGAGGAACAACACCUUAUAUACCGGCUGGGUGGCCUCCAACCUGAUGGCAUGAACAUUGACUUCUCUAACUUAUGUUAAUGACCCUCCUCCCCUUCUUACCCCAUCCCUGAUAUAUUUAGUUGUUUGUUUUCUUUUCUCUCUCUCUCUCUCUCUACCUGUUCUCCAUCUCCCUCUGGUGCUCCCCCUCUCUUUCUUUCUCCCGAGGCCUCCCAUCCCAUGAUCCUUUCCCUUCUCCAGCUCUAUCACUUUCGCCAAUCACCUUUCCAGCUCUUAGCUUCAUCCCACCCCCUCCGGUCUUCUCCUAUCAUUUUGCAUUUCCCCCUCCCCCCACUACUUUCAAAUCUCUUAGUAUCUUUCCUUUCAGUUAGUCCUGACGAAGGGUGUUGGCCCGAAAUGUCGACAGUGCUUCUCCUUAUAGAUGCUGCCUGGCCUGCUGUGUUCCACCAGCAUUUUCUGUGUGUUGUCAUGGAUUCAAUUCUAGCUUCAGAAAUUUAAGCACAAAAUACAGGCUAACUGUAAUUCAUUAGUGAUUACAGUACACAGUAAAUAGAGGACCAAUUUCCAGGCCUGAUUUCAGUACAUUAAAACUUAUGUUCCUCAUGUUUUACUUUUGUUUCAUAUAAACAAUAUUACAUAAGAAAUUUGCUAGAAAGAUAUUAGUAAUACAAGACUUCAGCUAUCCUGAGAGAGUAGAUUAAUUGUGGUUAUCAUUAGAGAAGGCAUUUGAAGAAAUGAAGAAAAGAAGAUUAAUGCAGUGAAAUAGUAUUACUUGGUUUAAGAAGUCUGAUAAUAUGGUUGAAGGAAAUUUAAUAUUAAUUUGUAGGAGCAGAGUUAGUCCAUCCAGCUUAUCAAGUCUGCUCCUGCAUAAAAUCACGGCUGUUUUUUUUAAAUCCCUAUUUCCCAUUUUCCUCAUAAGCCUUAAACUCCUUCCCAGUCAAAAACUUAUCAGUCUCCGCUGCCUUAAAUGCACCUAAUGUCUGACUUCCACAGCCCUCUGAAGUAAUGAAUUCCACAGAUUCACCACUCACUGGUUGAAGAAAUUUCUCCUCAUCCUGUCCUGUUAUUCUGAGGCUAUACAUUGGAUCCUAGACUCUCCUCUUAAUGGAAACGUGAGUUUCAAUGCCCACUUUCUCCAGGUCUUUCAGUAUCUGAUAGGUUACAAUUGAUAUAUCCUCUCAUUCUUCUGAACUCGACAAGUACAGGUCCAGAGACACCAAACAUUCCCCAUAGAUCAAGCCUUUCAAUUUGGGGAUCAUUCUUGUGAGUCUGCUCUGGACUCUCUCACGUGCCAGCAUAACUUCCCUUUGAUACAGGGCUCAAAGUUGCUCACAAUAUUGCAAAAAUAGUCUGACCAUGCCUUAUAAAACCUCAGCAGUAUACCCUUGAUUUUAAGUUCUAGCCCUCUUGAAAUGAAUGCUAAUAUUUCAUUUGCCUUCUUGUCUACAUGAAAAACGCCCACAAAAUGCUGGAAGAACUCAGCAUGUCAGGCUGCAUCUAUGGAGGGGAGUAAACUGUUGACAUUUUGGGUCAAGACCUUCAUUAGGUCUGACCCAACCUGCAAGUUAACCUGAAGAAAAUCCUCAACUGGGACUCCCAAGUCCCCUUGCACCUCCCGUAACAAAAUGAUCGAAUGAAACGUGAAAAGGGAAAUAUACAAAAUAGUGUUAUUCCUAAACACUUUAUUAUUUUCCAUAAGUAUAUUUGUUUCAUUAUUUUAAAAGUUUUAAAAAAUACAAGUCAGAUGGGUUUAUAAAUGUUAUUAAGUGAAACUCCUAUAUAAUUUUUCAGUUGCUAAAAGAAUACCAUUUAUCUGAGGCCUCGUGGCCACCACAGUUAACUUUUUUGUUAUGGUAGCAUAACCGUUAGCAUGAAACUAGUACAACUCAGCGUGUUCCGGAGUUUGGAGUUCAAUUCCAGUGCCAUCUGUAAGGAAUUUGUACGUGAAUCACGCGAGUUUCCUCCCACAGUCCCAAGAUGUAUUGGUUAGUAGGUUAAUUGGUCAUUGUAACUUGUCCUGCAAUUAGGCUAGUGUUAAAUAGGUGGGUGGCCAGGCAGUGCAGUUGUUGGGUGGAAGGGCCUGUUCCGUGCUGUAUCUCAAAAUAAAUAUAAAAUAAUCAGUAAUCUCUAAUCUUGGUUAUAUUUCACAACUAUUUUGUAAGAUGUACGUUAUUUGUUCUAAUGUUGGAUAAGGGAAGAAUCACUACAUUUGAAUGACAUCCAUAUUCAAAAAGCAAGUUUACUGUCUGAAAGGUUCCCAGUAUUAGUGGUACUCCAGUACACAUCAUUGCAUUUACUCCUUGGCUGUCUUCCUCCUUACCCAGGAGAACUUGGACCAUCCCAUUCUUUGUGAGUUGACAAUGUAUGGCAGCAGGAAAGAUUUUGUUUCAAAAGGGCCCAAAGAAUUUCCACUUGGAGGAAGUGCUGAACCCUGUACAUCUGCUUGGACUGUGGAUUAAAUUCCAUCUUUGUAAUUGGUGCUCAGUUUGGAGACUUCUCCCAAAAUGUUACUAAACAUCAAAUGAACAUAGAUUUUACAUUUUUAUUUUAAUUGUUAGCCAAAACCAAAAUUUAAGGGCUGAAAAUAACAUAUUGACAUGUCCUGUCCAAGCAUUGCACAACUUGUCCUCAAAAGGUAGACAGCAAUAACUAUCACAACAAUUAAUCAUUAAGACCAUUAUAGCAUAGUUUAACUGCUUCUGUAAUUUAAAGUUUUGAAAUUCAUAUUUUUUCAUAUUUCUUUAUGACAUGUGAGGAGCUAUUCAUCUCCUCAAGUCUAUGCCAGAUCUCAGAUCAUUUCUCUCAGUUACAACCCAGACUAUUUCAAUAGACAAUAGGUGCAGGAGUAGGCCAUUUGGCCCUUUAAGCCAACACCACUAUUCAAUGUGAUCAUGGCUGAUCAUCCACAAUCAGUACCCCAUUCCUGCCUUCUCCCCAUAGUCCUUGACUCCGCUAUCUUUAAGAGCUCUAUCUAACUCUUUCUUGAAAGCAUCCAGAGAAUUGGCCUCAACUGCCUUCUGAGGCAGAGCAUUCCAUAGAUCCAUAACUCUCUGGGUGAAAAAGUUUUUCCUGAACUCUAUUCUAAAUGGCUUACCCCUUAUUCUUAAACUGUGGCCUCUGGUUCUGGACUCCCCCAACAUCGGGAACAUGUUUCCUGCCUCUAGCGUGUCCAAUCCCUUAAUAAUCUUAUAUGUUUCAAUCAGAUCCCCCCUCAUCCUUCUAAAUUCCAGUGUAUGGAAUCCCAGUCGCUCCAAUCUUUCAACAUAUGACAGUCCCGCCAUCCCGGGAAUUAACCUCAUGAAACUACGCUGCACUCCCUCAAUAGCAAGAAUGUCCUUCCUCAAAUUUGGAGACCAAAACUGCACACAAAACUGAACACAAUACUCCAGGUGUGGUCUCACCAGGGCCCUGUACAACUGCAGAAGGACCUCUUUGCUCCUAUACCCAACUCCACUUGUUAUGAAGGCCAACAUGCCAUUAGCUUUCUUCACUGCCUGCCGUACCUGCAUGCUCACUUUCAGUGACUGAUGACCAAGGACACCGAGAUCUCAUUGUACUUCCCCUUUUCCUAACUUGACACCAUUCAGAUAGUAAUCUGCCUUCCUGUUCUUGCCACCAAAGUGGAUAACCUCACAUUUAUCCACAUUAAACUGCAUCUGCCCACUCACCCAACCUGUCCAAUUCACCCUGCAUUCUCCUAACAUCCUCCUCACAUUUCACAUUGCCCCCCAGAUUUGUGUCAUCUGCAAACUUGCUAAUGUUACUUUUAAUCCCUUCAUCUAAAUCAUUAAUGUAUAUUAUAUAUAGCUGUGGUCCCAGCAUGGAGCGUUGUGGUACCCCACUAGUCACUGCCUGCCAUUCUGAAAAGGACCCGUUAAUCCCUACUCUGUUUCCUGUCUGCCAACCAUUUUUCUAUCCAUAUCGGUACCCUACCUCCGAUACCGUGUGCUCUAAUUUUGCCCACUAAUCUCCUAUGUGGGACCUUAUCAAAGGCUUUCUGAAAGUCCAGGUACACUACAUCCACUGGCUCUCCCUUGUCCAUUUUCAUAGUUACAUCCUCAAAAAAUUCCGGAAGAUUAGUCAAGCAUGAUUUCCCCUUCGUAAAUCCAUGCUGACUCGGAUCGAUCCUGUUACUGCUAUCCAAAUGUGCUGCUAUUUCAUCUUUUAUAAUUGACUCCAGCAUCUUCCCCACCACUGAUUUCCUUCUACUUAUUCUUCCACCAACUCCCCUCUCCUCCAAUGUCCCUCCACUCACUGAAAUUAGGGACAGUAUAUACAGCUGCUAAUUAAAUUACCAGCAUGGCUUUGGAAUGUAGAAGGAAACUGGAGCAUCCAGGAGAAACCCAUGUGGUGACAAGGAAAAUAAGAUAUUGGAGCAGAAUUAGGCCAUUUGGUCCAUCAGGUCUACUCUGCUAUUUGAUCAACUCUGGUUUCAGAGUUCAAAGUUCAAAGUAAAUUUAUUGGCAAAGUACGUAUAUGUCACAAUAUAAAAUCCUGAGAUUAAUAUUUUUUCAGGUAGUCUCAGUAAAUACAAAAAAAACACAAUGAAAGACCACACUCAACUGGGCAGACAACAACCACAGUAAAAAAAACUGUGCAAAUACAAAAAGAGGGAGGAAAAAUAAAUAAAUAAAUAAUCAAUGAAUAUCGAGAGCAUGAGAUGAAGAGUCCUGGAAAGUGAGUCCUUAGAUUAUGGGAACAGUUCAGUGAUGGGGUGAGUAAAGUUGAAUAAUGUUAUCCCCUCUGGUUCAAGAGCCUAAUGGCUGAUGGGUAAUAACUGUUCUUGAACCUGGUGGUACAUGUCCUGAUGGUUAUUAUCCCUCUUACCCCCACUCCCCUGCCUUCUCCCCAUAAACUUUGACGCUCUUGCUAAUUAAGAACUUAUGAACCUCCACUUUAAAUAUACCUAAUGACUUGGCAUCCAUAGCUGUCUGUGUCAAUGAAUUCCACAGACUUACCAGCUUUGACCAAAGAAAUUCGGUCAUAUCUUUAUGUAAAGGGGGUUUCUUUUUUUGGGUACUGUUGGGAAAGGGUUUCUUUGUUAGUUAAAAGCAGGAAUGUUUCUUUGUUGCGAGAGAGUGCUGGAAGCUUGUUUGUUACAAUUUACUGAUAACGAGAAUGGUAUACCUUUGUAAACCAAAUGGGGAUUAAUGUUCUUUCUUCUGAGUCUGUAAGCUUUGGUUGACGGGCUUUUGGGCAGAUCGGCGCGAGGGGGUCGAGAGAGAGGACGCAAUGCUGUAAGCAGGGCGAGGUUCAGACCCCAAAGGGGGGGGGGGUCCGAGGCCGAGGGAUACUCUGAGGAGGGGGGGAUGAAGCUAGAUGUGCUUGGUUGACCACUCGGGGGAUCCUGAGCUGCGAGUCGAGGAGUUCAGAGGGGAUCGAAUGGUGGCCAGAAGACUUCAGAAAUUGAGCUUCAACGGUUGUGCACGCAGUGGUUUGGACUUUGAUAAGUUUGGCGCCUUUUCUUUAUUUUUCUCUUCGUAUAUACUGUAUCGUUAUUAAUCACUUAGUUAUAGUAACCUUUAUAAAUUGUACUCAUUUAAUCACA